CAGACUGGCCGAUAACCGAUGCAGCUACGCUAGAGUUACUAAAACUCUCUUAAAUAACACUGGUGGAGACUCUAGCAGUGAGACUACUCUAGCAGUCAUAGUGCUCUGCUGGUGGAAUGCAAGCGACAUAAUUGCGUACGUGUUAUAUCUGAUUUGGUGAGAGUUUCACAGCUCUACAGUGAACAAGUGACUAAAAUAAUAAGCAGCAGCAGCAGCAGCAUGGCGGCAGGUAAGAUCUCCAUGGCGAUCACACCGCACGGCGCGGAGGAGGAUGAGGGCCCGCGGCCGCUGGUGAGACACUACCAGGCCCAGGAGCUGGUGCCCUCACGCAGACCACUGCUGCACAACCUGCUGGACAAACAACUCUCUGCCUGGGCAUCGGUCCAGGCGGUGAGCGGGGUCCUGAGCUUUGGCCUGGGGUUGGUGUUUGCCUCCACUGCUGAGUUCAGCUCCUUUCUGCUCAUCGUCCUCAGAGUUCCCUUCCUCAAUGGAGCGCUGUUCUUCAUCGCAGGGCUGUUGUCUAACCUCCUCCACAGAGAACCAAGGCUUCUACCGGUGUGUUUCCGUGCCAACCUGGCGUGUGUCGCCUCCGCUGCUGUGGGGGUGGUGAUCAUGUGUGUAGACCUGGCGCUGGUCACGGACAAAGACGCACACAAAAAGACGGAGAUUCUGGUGAUGUGUGUGACGUUGGUCCAGAUGAUCCUGUCAGGUCUCCUCACCAUCUGGAUCCACAGGGAGCAGAAGCGGAUGAAGAUCCCAGCUUAACCUCACACACACACACACACACACACACACGCGCGCACACGCACACGAACGCACACGCACGCACGC